UCCAGUUCCGGGGUCGCCAUAGUGGCCUAUGUACUAUCUCAGAUCAACACUGAGGUACUUGGUUUGUUUUUUUUUUAUCACUGAAGGCCCGUAAACACCAGAAAACACGAAAUAAGUACAUUAACUAAGAGAAACACGUUUAACUCUUGAUCAAGAGGACAUCAAAGAGGAUGAAUUUUUUCAGAGGAGUAAUAGGCGGGCAGCCAGCGGGGCCACAACAUUCUGGGGUUGAGACGAUCCAGAAGCUUUGUGAUCGUGUUGCCUCCUCAACACUAUUGGAGGACCGUAGAGAUGCUGUCCGGGCCCUUAAAUCUCUGUCCAAGAAAUACCGCAUGGAGGUGGGCUCACAGGCUAUGGACCACCUGAUUCGUAUUCUUCAAACUGACAGGGCGGACUCUGAAAUCCUUGGGUAUGCUCUGGACACUAUAUACAACAUCAUCUGCAGUGACGAGGAAGAAGAGCAAGAUGAAUCCGAAGAUGCUGUACCCCCUGUUUCAGGGAAGACUAGGAAUAUUCCUGAGGAGAUGCAGAAGCAGGAGGAUGAUGUAGGAGCACAGUUCACAGAGCGGUUCAUCCAGGACCCCGAGAACAUCACACUGCUCCUCACACUCCUGGAGGAAUUUGACUUCCACGUGAGAUGGCCUGGUGUGAAGCUCCUUACAGCCUUGUUGAAGAACCAGUGUGCUCAGGUUCAGGGGAUCAUCCUUGUGAGCCCAAUGGGAGUGUCCAGACUAAUGGACUUGUUAGCUGACUCCAGAGAAGUCAUUCGUAAUGAUGGUCUGCUGUUAUUACAGCAACUCACGAAAAGCAAUGCAGCCAUUCAGAAGAUUGUAGCUUUUGAAAAUGCUUUUGAGCGACUCCUAGACAUCAUUACAGAGGAGGGCACCAGUGAUGGAGGUAUUGUUGUGGAGGACUGUCUGUUGCUGCUGUUGAACCUACUCAAGAACAACAGCUCCAACCAGAACUUUUUCAAGGAAGGCUCCUACGUCCAGCGGAUGAAGCCGUGGUUUGAGGUGGGAGACGACAAUGCUGGCUGGUCGGCUCAGAAGGUCACCAACCUUCAUUACAUGCUACAGCUGGUGCGGGUGCUGGUGUCCCCAGUGAACUCUCCUGGGGCCACGGCCAGCUGUCAGAAGGCCAUGUUCCAGUGCGGCCUCCUGCAACAGCUCUGCACCAUCCUCAUGGCUACCGGCGUCCCCGCAGACAUCCUCACAGAGACUAUAAACACAGUGUCAGAGGUUAUUCGAGGUUCCCAGGUUAACCAGGACUAUUUUGCAUCAGUCAACGCUCCAUCCAACCCCCCCAGGCCGGCCAUUGUGGUGCUGCUGAUGUCCAUGGUGAACGAGAGGCAGCCGUUCGUGCUGCGCUGUGCUGUGCUCUACUGCUUCCAGUGCUUCCUCUAUAAAAACCAGAAGGGCCAGGGGGAGAUUGUGGCCACACUGCUGCCUUCCACCAUAGAUGCUAACUCCAUCUCGGCAGGUCAGCUGCUGUGUGGAGGCCUGUUCUCGGCAGACUCUCUGUCCAACUGGUGUGCGGCGGUGGCUCUGGCCCACGCGCUCCAGGACAACCCGACCCAGAAGGAGCAGCUGCUGCGGGUGCAGCUGGCCACCAGCCUGGGCAAGCCCCCCGUCUCCCUCCUGCAGCAGUGCACCAACAUCCUCUCCCAGGGGGAUAAGAUCGACCGGCGGACCAAAUCUGAAAAGGGCAGUAAGGUGCAGACCCGCGUUGGCCUCCUGAUGCUGCUCUGCACCUGGAUCAGUAACUGUCCCAUUGCCGUCUACCACUUCCUGCACAACCAGGAGAACGUGCCCUUUCUGACGGCGCAGAUCUCGGAGAACCUGGGAGAGGACGAGCGGCUGGUGCAGGGCCUGUGUGCCCUCCUGCUGGGCAUCUGCAUCUACUACAACGACAACACACUGGAGAACUCUACCAAAGAAAAGCUAAAGCAGCUGAUUGAGAAGCGCAUUGGGAAGGAGAACUUUGUGGAGAAGCUGGGCUUCAUCACUAAGCACGAGCUCUACUCCCGCGCCGGCCAGAAGCCGCAGCCGGUCUUCUCCACGCCCGAGCACAUGCUCUUCGACCACGAGUUCACCAAACUGGUCAAGGAACUGGAGGGUGUGAUAACUAAAGCUGUCCAUAAGUCCAGUGAGGAGGAGAAGAAAGAGGAGGAGGUGAAAAAGACGCUCGAGCAGCAUGACAGCAUAGUGACUCAGUAUAAGGAGCUGAUCCGAGAACAGGACGCUCAGAUCAACGAGCUGAAGGCGCAGGUAGCCUCCAUGACGGGCCAGAGCGAGCAGAUGCAGAGCACCCUCACACAGCAGCUGGCCCAGAUCCAGCAGCACAAAGACCAGUACAACAUCCUCAAGCUCAAACUAGGUAAGACAGGUGAUCAGUCGGCCUUACAGGGGGAGGGCGCUCAUGUCAACGGCCUGCAGUCAGAGGAGCUGAGUCAACUCCGGGAGGAGCUGGAGGAGCUGCGCAGACAACACGCACAGCUGCAAACACAGCUCGCAGACAAGUGCACACUCAUAGACAGCCUGAAAUCUGAGGCAGCUUCUCCAGCAGAGGCAGCAGCAGGAGCCUCAGACAACUCUGAACUGCUGAAGGAGCUGGAGGCAUUGCGGGCCCAAGUACAGAGCCAGUCUGCUGACAUCACACAGCUCCAGACAGAGAGACAGGAACUGCUGAGGAGAUCCGAGACUGCGGAGUCCGGGUCAGCUAGUGUGGACGGUGGAGUUGACACGGCCAAAGUAGCAGAACUGGAGAAGCGAUUGGCAGCUCAGAGUGCAGAGGCACAGAAACUGCAGGAGGAGAAGAAGAGUCUGAGUGCGAGCCGGGCCGGCCUGGAGUCUGACCUGGCCUCGGCGACCAGCACUGUGGCCAUCCUGCAGGCGGAGAAGAGUAAGCUGCAGCAGGAGGUGCAGGAGUCCAAGAAGGAGCAGGACGACCUGCUCAUGUUGCUCGCCGACCAGGACCAGAAGAUCCACUCACUCAAGCAGAAGCUCAAAGACCUGGGCGAGCCGAUUGACGAUGAGGAUGACCUAGACUCCAAGGACCAAUCUGAAGAGGACGAUGAUGAUGAUGAAGAAGAAGAUGAGGAGGAAGAUGAUGAGUAGACAGACCCUUAGAUACCACCUGUUGUAGAGAAACUGUGUAAGGCGUUUUGGCACCACCACCCCCCCCACUUUCUACUCAGUAGAAGAGAGGGGUCAGGACCUUAGGACUGACCUGCAGUGGCUUCACCCAUCACCAUGUUCCCCUCUCUUAAGAUCUCCUCCAGGGUUUGGAUCCGUUCUUUUCCCAGCGGAACUGAAAAAAGAAAAAAAAAAACGCAUUCUACAUGGGAUGGUGGAAUACUUUUAGAGUGCGAACACAGCCUUGAGGAAAUGGAAUGGGAAAGUUAAGUAGAGAGAAAUGGUAACCAGCUACCUACUUGUGAGACUGAGUGUGCCUGGGUGAUUUAUUACAUGUCAUUCAUUACAAGCAACCUUUAAUAAAUGGAAAAAAUAUGCCAAGUUAAUAUGCCAGACUGUCUGUUUUGGGCCAAAACCUAUGACAGUUUUAUAUACAGUAGUACAUAUAAAGUCUGCCUGCGUGAGAAUCGGUGAGAACCUAAUUUUAGUGAUUUCAAUUAUUUUUUUCUUGAGGUAAUUACAAAUUCUCUGGCAAGUUGAAUGUUAUGCCAUGCAUCUUCAGUUGAAAUAGUAAGACCAUGUUCUUGUCAGAAAUGGUCGUGUUGCCUCUUCCUUCAUAGUCAUAAUGCUGUAAAUGUAAAGGACUAUUCAAAGCAUGAUACUACUACUUUGUGUGAGUUCAUACUGUGUUCUUUCUCUGCCUUGACAUGCAGUAGUUCCCUCAGAAUUACAUAUUUGGAGGAUCUCUGAGAAAUCCCCCUUUUCAACAUGUCGUCCCUUGAAAUGUUUGUAUGGUUGAAUGAGGUAGAAUGAAUAAUACUGUCUCAGUCAUUCUGCAUUUUUAACAUCUGGUCCUUUAAAAUAUUAAAUGAUUACAACACUUCACUCAACAAUACUGGAGGAUGCCACAUUUAUGUAUCGUUAGAUGCAUUUAUCUGUGGAAAAUACUUUAUAUGUUGUAUAAAAACUCUAAGCAAUGUACUUUUAGCAUUAUGUUUGUAGGAUUAAGUAUGUUAGAUCUAAAAUAUCUGGAAAACUAAAUUAAUUGCUGCUUUGUGUUUAUGUAAAUUCUAAUUCUUGCUGAAGUAUACAACUAAAUUGAAGUUUAUUUAUUGGGAUUACAAAAAUAUACUUGCAGCAACUUAAUGAUUCCAAUUCUGUUUCCCCAAGGCCUUUGAUGGUAGAAUACAAAUUCAAGUUCCUUUGUUGAAUUGUAGUCUUUGUGAUUGGACCCAAACCCUGUGCACUCCAAAGCCUUUGUGAACUGUCACCUUGUAGCCCCACUGCAGAGGUUGGGAACCAGCACUGUUGCCUGCUCUUUCUAAUAAGAACUAUGAUGAAGUAAUGAUCUGGUUUCAAGGUAGUGCAUCCCAUACUGAUUCCACUCUGUGUAAAGAGUGUGCUUGUGUGUGUGUAUCUGUGUGUCUGGAUGUCUGUCUGUCGUCCACUGUGUUUAUGUGAGUCUGUUGUCAGCAUUAUGUGUGUGUGUGUGUGUGUGUUAUGUGUAUGUCUGUGAGCUUGAUUGCAUGGCCCAUGCAGUGGUAAGUCAUCUCGGUCUUCUCCAUGUGUCGCUCUCUCAGACGAUAUAGUGAGGAGGUGGGGUACUGAUGAGGAGAUGGAGUAGCCUACUGAGGAGGUGAUGUGGUCUUUUAGGCAUUCCUUAGUUCUGGGCAAGAUGAGAUUCAAACCCACAAAAGACCUCUCCUCACUUCUGCUCUCCUGCUGGAUCUGGGUUUUCCAGAACCAUCUACUUCAUGCUUAUUUACUACAUCACAGAAUUCCUUACAGGUGCCCACCGCUCAGCACCUAUUUUAUUGGUUACGUUUGGUUAGAGGACUCCAGCUACAGCCCUUUGAUAUGCUGUAAUCGUCUCAGAUCCCGCUAAUGCAAGACAAAUAUUUUUGCAACAUUUGUCUGGUCCAGGCGAUAGGCUUCUGUACGAGAAUGAAUUAUUGUUUAUAUUAUACCCACUAAAAUAAAUGCAUACAUUUGUAGGAGACUGAAUGUUUUGCUUUACAUUUUUGGUUACAUUGUAGCUCAUAAAUAAUCAGCCACCAGAGUAAAAUGUUAUAGACUAGAGAAUUCACAUGCACAAAAUCUUGAUCACAUGUUACAUUGAAUUUGAGUUGAAAUUGUUUGCCAUACUUGUUAUAGACAUUUCAGCCAAGGCUUCAUUGUAGAAUUGCAGUUAUUAGUGAUAUGUUUUGUUGUUGAGAAGAUAAAUAUUGACUUGGGUGGCAAUGGUUCUGUUAUGUACCCGUCACACGGGCUGUCAUAAGUUAUAUCAUUCAACUUGUAUUUCACAGUUUUAGUGUGAACAGCUGCCCACCAGCCCAAACAUGUGACAGACAUCAUCUCUUGUAGCACUAUGCAUUAAUGCUGUUUGAUGAGUAUUUUCAACUGUUCCUGUAAUUAAUUUUCUUAGUGUUGGUGAUCUUGGAUCUUCUGCACUUGGACUGUGUUUUUCAACUACAUGCACGGCUGUGUCAUUCAAUUUCUUUGCAUAAAGUCUAAGUUUGAGAAGUA